UCUCUUUAAAAAGCGGUCCUGGGGCGUGUCCAAGGCGUUUUCAGGGCGUGGCCGGCCCCGGAGUGUGUGGAUUCCGAAGCUUUCCCUGGCAGUGUGAAGCUGAAGCUGCUCCGCACACAGGACGUUCUGUUCCCGGCGGCCAGAUCAUCUCAAGUUUUCUCCAUUUGAAAGAUUGAAAGGUUUCACCUCAAGUCCUUCUUAUGUGCUUCAAUUGCGUGAAUAGCUUGGGAUGCUGGAUAAAAUGUGCAGCUCAUGAAGUUUAAAUUAGAAUCUUGGCAUUUUUAAAAUUUUUAAUAAAAUAACAAGAUCUUUUCCCUCACACUCCCCUCUCUUGUCAAUCUGCCUUUACUAUUCUUGAAAUCACCAUGUCAACCGACCUGCACUCCCUUAGUCUGUUUCUACGGCUAAAUUUAUUAAUCUGUUCAAUCCUAGGCUUGAGUUUAGGAUUAGAGUUUAUGGGCUUGCCCAGUCAGUGGGCACGUUAUUUGCGUUGGGAUGCCAGCACACGCAGUGAUCUUAGCUUCCAGCUCAGGACCAAUGUUUCUGCGGGUCUUCUGCUCUACUUUGAUGAUGGAGGCAUUUGUGACUUUCUCUGCCUUUCUUUGGCUGAUGGACAUGUUCAACUGCGUUUCAGCAUUGAUUGUGCAGAGACUGCUAUUGUAAGUGACAAGAAAGUUAAUGACGGUGGUUGGCACUUCCUAAUGCUAAGCCGGAACAGGCUGAGAACCACACUAGUUUUGGAUGGAGAAGCUAAGCCUGGAGAAGUCCGACCCCAAAGACAGCACAUGAAUAUUGUCAGUGACUUAUUUGUUGGAGGAGUUCCAAGUGAUAUACGUUCUGGUGCUUUGACUCUUGGUUCUGUCAGGGAUAUGUCUGCAUUUGCUGGAUACCUGCUUGAUAUUAAAUAUGGAAACACAGAACCAAGGCUCCUGGGAAGUCAUGGAGCUCGUCUGGACCUAGAGGGGUUAUGCACAGAGAAUCCAUGUGAGAAUGGAGGAGCUUGCCUACUCUUAGAUGGAGAACCCACCUGUGAUUGUACGGCCACUGGAUAUGUGGGAAAAUUCUGCUCAGAAGAUGUUAAUGAUAUUCCAGGUCUGGCCCACUUGAUGAUUGAUGACCAAGGCAGAAGCAAAGCUAGGGAGGAAAAUGUGGCUACAUUCCGUGGUUCCGAGUAUUUGUGCUACGACCUUUCUCAGAAUCCCAUCCAAAGCAGCAGCGAUGAGAUCACCUUGUCUUUCAAAACGCGACAAAGGAAUGGGCUCAUUCUACACACUGGCAAGUCUGCAGACUACGUCAAUCUGGCGCUUAAGGGAGGAGCCGUCUCCCUAGUCAUCAACUUAGGCUCUGGUGCCUUUGAAGCUAUUGUAGAACCAACCAAUGACAAAUUCAAUGACAAUGAGUGGCAUGAGGUCAAAGUCACCCGGAAUUUACGCCAGGUGACAAUCUCAGUGGAUGGUAUUCUUACUACUACGGGUUAUACGCAAGAAGACUACACAAUGCUGGGAUCUGAUGACUUCUUCUAUGUAGGGGGCAGCCCAAGCACUGCAGACCUCCCAGGCUCUCCUGUUAGCAACAACUUCAUGGGGUGCCUAAAAGAGGUGGUCUACAAGAACAAUGAUAUCCGCCUAGAACUUUCCCGCUUGGCUCGUAUUGGAGACACAAAAAUGAAGAUAUAUGGAGAUGUGGUAUUUAAGUGUGAGAAUGUUGCUACUCUUGAUCCUAUAAGCUUUGAAAGUCCUGAGGCCUAUAUCAGCCUUCCUAAGUGGAACACCAAACGCAUGGGUUCCAUCUCCUUUGACUUCCGCACCACAGAGCCCAACGGCCUCAUCCUUUUCACCCACGGUAAACCUCAAGACAGAAAGGAUAUCAGGAGCCAAAAGAACACCAAGGUGGAUUUUUUUGCAGUUGAACUUCUAGAUGGACAUCUCUACCUCCUGUUAGACAUGGGCUCAGGAACCAUUAAGGUGAAAGCCACCAACAAAAAGGCCAAUGAUGGAGAGUGGUGCCAUGUUGAUAUUCAGAGAGACGGGAGAUCUGGCACUAUUUCCGUAAACACCAAGCGGACUCCAUUCACAGCCAGUGGGGAGAGCGAGAUUCUCGACCUGGAAGGGGACAUGUAUUUAGGUGGUCUUCCAGAAAAUCGUGCAGGUCUCAUACUGCCCACUGAACUUUGGACUGCCAUGCUCAACUAUGGUUAUGUGGGUUGCAUCCGUGACCUCUUUAUUGAUGGUCGCAGUAAAAACAUUCGACAGCUUGCUGAGGCACAGAAUGCAGCAGGUGUAAAGUCGUCAUGCUCUAGACUCAGCGGCAAACAGUGUGAUAGCUAUCCCUGUAAAAACAAUGCUGCUUGUAGGGAUGGCUGGAACCGCUUUGUAUGUGACUGUACUGGCACUGGGCACUGGGGCAGAACCUGCGAAAGGGAGGCCUCCAUUCUGAGCUAUGAUGGAGGCAUGUACAUGAAGAUCAUCAUGCCAGUUGUCAUGCAUACUGAGGCAGAGGAUGUUUCCUUACGUUUCAAGUCCCAGAGAGCAUACGGUUUAUUAGUAGCCACAACAUCCAGGGACUCUGCUGAUACCUUGCGACUGGAGUUGGAUGGUGGGAAAGUCAAGCUUAUGGUUAACUUAGACUGUAUCAGGAUAAACUGUAACUCCAGUAAGGGGCCAGAGACUCUGUAUGCUGGGCAGAAGCUGAAUGAUAAUGAAUGGCACACUGUCCGUGUGGUCCGGAGAGGAAAAACCCUUAAAUUAACCGUGGAUGAUGAUGUGGCUGAAGGCACAAUGGUGGGUGAUCACACUCGUCUGGAAUUUCACAAUAUUGAAACUGGGUUCAUGACGGAGAAGCGAUUUGCCUCAGCUGUGCCUUCCAGCUUCAUUGGGCAUCUCCAGAGUCUUAUGUUCAAUGGUCUGCUGUACAUCGAUUUAUGCAAGAAUGGAGACAUUGACUAUUGUGAGCUGAAGGCACGGUUCGGCAUGCGUUCCAUAAUAGCGGACCCUGUCACCUUUAGGACCAAGGCCAGCUAUCUGACGCUCUCUACUCUGCAAGCUUACACCUCUAUGCACCUCUUCUUUCAGUUCAAGACCAUCUCACCCGAUGGGUUCAUUCUUUUCAACAGCGGAGAUGGCAAUGACUUCAUUGCAGUGGAGCUGGUGAAGGGGUACAUCCACUAUGUGUUUGAUCUUGGGAAUGGCCCUAAUGUCAUAAAAGGCAACAGUGAAAGGCCUCUAAAUGACAAUCAGUGGCAUAAUGUUGUAAUCACAAGAGACAACAGCAAUACUCAUACUCUAAAAGUGGACACCAAAGCAGUUACACAAGUCAUUAAUGGUGCCAAAAAUCUUGACCUGAAAGGUGAACUGUACAUCGCAGGACUAGUUCAAAGUAUGUACAGCACUUUGCCAAAACUUGUGGCAUCACGGGAUGGAUUUCAGGGCUGUUUAGCAUCGGUUGAUCUUAAUGGACGUCUCCCUGACCUGAUUGGUGAUGCCCUGCACCGCAGUGGGCAGAUAGAGCGUGGAUGUGAAGAUGCUUUGACCAAAGCUAAUCUACAAGGUCCCACCACUACCUGUCAGGAGGAUUCCUGUGCAAAUCAGGGAGUCUGCAUGCAGCAAUGGGAGGGCUUUACCUGCGACUGCUCCAUGACAUCCUACUCAGGGAAUCAUUGCAACGACCCUGGUGCUACAUACAUUUUUGGGAAAAGUGGGGGUCUGAUCCUAUACACCUGGCCACAUAACGACCGGCCUAGCACUCGAACAGAUCGCCUGGCUGUGGGCUUCAGCACUACUGUGAAAGAAGGCAUCCUUGUACGCAUUGAUAGUGCUCCAGGACUGAUGGACUACCUGCAGCUACACAUAGUGCAAGGCAAGAUUGGUGUAACCUUUAACAUUGGAUCACAAGACAUCUCAAUACGAGAGGAGAGUGCCCCAGUCAAUGAUGGUAAAUACCACGUGGUGAAGUACACAAGAAAUGGUGGAAAUGCUACUCUGCAAGUGGACAACUGGCCAGUCAAUGAACAUUACCCUGGAGGGAACACAGAGCUGCACCAGAAACCCAAACUGCCCUUUAAAAUAUCUCGUACUCCAGAAGAUGGGCAGCAAGACAAAGGGCGACCACUCACCAUUUUCAACACUCAAGCUCAGAUAGCUAUUGGAGGGAUGGACAGAGGGCGUCCAUUCCAGGGCCAGCUUUCUGGUCUAUAUUACAAUGGCCUGAAAGUGCUGAACAUGGCAGCAGAGCCUAAUCCUAAUAUAAAUAUCAGUGGCAGUGUGAGGCUGGUGGGAGAAGUCCCCUCCAUCCAUGGUACAACACCAACCACAUCCAUGCCUCCUGAGAUGUCAACAACUAUUAUGGAGACCACAACGACUUUGGCCACCACUACAACAAGGAAGAACAGGUCCUCACCAGGGUCGACGCUCACAGACGAUAUUGGUUCAUCUGCAGAAUGUUUUAUCAGCAGUGAUGAUGAAGAUGUGACUGAUUGUGAUACAGGCACAGGUACGUCAGGAGAUGAAUUAGUAAUUCCAGUCCUUGUAGAGGAUCCUUUAGAUAUUCCCUCUGUAGCUACACGUGCACCCUCCAUCACUCUCCCCCCUACCUUCCAACCACUCCUCACCAUAAUUGAGACCACCAAAGAUUCCCAGUCUGUGACCCCUGAAGAGGGGUUACCUUGCUUGUCGGACCAAGGCAGCGAUGGUUGUGAUGAUGAUGAUGGCUUGGUGAUAUCUGGGUAUGGCUCAGGGGAAACCUUUGACUCUAACCUGCCCCCUACCGAUGAUGAAGAUUUUUACACCACCCUCUCCUUGGUAACAGAUAAGAGCCUUUCCACAUCAUUCUUCGAUGGUGGCUUCAAAUCACAGGCGCCCAAAUGGGGAUCAAAGGACUUUAAACCUAACAAAGUCUCCGAACCUGGUAGGACUUCUACCACAAGUUUGCCCCCUGAGCUGAAACGCUCCACGUCUUCUUCUGGGAUGGUGCCCAUGGUGCCUGCUGGAAAAAUGAAUCAUGAGCUCAAACCCCAACCUGAUAUAGUCUUGCUAUCGUUACCCACUGCCUACGAGCUAGACAGCACCAAGCUCAGGAGUCCAUUAAUAACAUCCCCCAUGUUCCGUAAUGUGCCCACAGCAAAUCCCACGAUGCCGGGAAGCAGACGAGUCCCGGGGGCUUCUGAGGUGGUCCGGGAAUCCAGCAGCACGACGGGGAUGGUCGUUGGCAUUGUGGCAGCUGCCGCCCUCUGCAUCCUGAUCCUCCUAUAUGCCAUGUACAAGUACAGAAACAGAGAUGAGGGGUCCUACCAGGUGGAUGAGACGCGGAAUUACAUCACCAACUCCGCACAGAGCAAUGGAGCCCUGAUGAAGGAGAAGCAGCACAGCUCUAAGGGCAACCACAACAAGCAGAAAAAUAAGGACAAGGAGUAUUAUGUGUAAAAAAAUUUAUAUUUAAUAAUAAAAAAAAAAACUGGUGUGAACUCAAACAGCAAAGGCAAAAUAUACUUUGCUAGUAAUCUAUAGAAACCUUUAUGCCUGCAGACAGUAGCAGCAGUGUUCUGCGAGUGAGAUACAGAGAAGUGACUGCCUGGUGCCUGAGGCACGAGUAAGACAUAAUUGUUAUUAUUUUGCCAUGGCUAGAGACAACUGACUUUCUGCUCCACAAUGACUGGAGCUCAACUGUAAUAUAAAGCACACUUAACAUUUCAUUUGCCAUGGAGGCGAAAACAAAAAAAAUAUUAUAUAUACAGAAAUAUAUAGACAAAAGGGAAAGUGUUUAGUGAGCUCCAGUUUUACUGCUCUCUCCCCAAGCUGCGUGGACCCAGCUCAGAGGAAACCCUUGGCUCCAUUGCACCGCCACUCUGAGAGAGCCUUAAAUAGUAUAACAAUGUCAUUGACUUUGAAUCAUACUGAUGCUUUUAUUUGAAGUAUUAUGUGUCCUUUUUUCCAUUUUUAUGUUUCUCACUUUGUUUUUGAUUUUUUUUUGAAAGCUCAAAUAACUUUAUUUAUAAAUACAAACACCACAUGGCCAUUCUAGCCAUGUACAGCCAAGGAACUUUAGAUUCCAUGUACAAAACCAGUGUGAUUGAGCAACCGAGUGAAUGUGUAUGUGCGCAGGACAGUGCGUUGCGUGACUGUACAUAGAGACUGUUGCCAUACAGAAAUCAUGGUGUGUUCUCUUUACAUAUCAGAUUGUGGUGUCUUAUUAGAACAUAUUGUUUCUCAGUAUGUUUAAAGAAAACACAAAAACUCUAUGGGAAAUAAAGGAUCGGCGCUGGCCAUUUCAUGUCAAAGAUUUGGCCUAGAUCUGUAAAUAUGCAGAACUUUGCUACCAGGCAUAAACAGCCUAUGUGAAGAUUAGCCGCCAUCCUCCUAUCUAGUUUCAGCCAAACAGCAACAAAGAUGAGCCGGCAACAAAAAAGAAAAAAAAUAAUCACAACAAAAUAAUGGUCUCCCUAAAAGGGAGAAAAAAAUCAGAGACUUUCUUUUGCGUUCUGGUUUUGUGACUUCCUGCGAUGCAUGCAAAAAUAAAAACAAACAACUGACAUAUUAAAUAAAAAAGGAACUGAUGUGAACAGAAGAAACCGUAUGAUGGGACAAGUUUUGACUUUUUUUUUUUCCUUUUCAAAAAAAGAGGUCACAAAAGCCAAAAUGUGUUACUAAAUGGAAUGAGUAAGAACUAAAGUAUUAUUUUCCUUUUCAAAAUGAAAAGUACAUGUGGAAUGUUCUCUAAAUUAGGACCUUGCCCAUUCUGCCUUUAUUUUAAGAGUUCAAAGUAAUAUACUUUGUCACAGAUGAAUUUAACAGAGAUGAAAAAUUUUAUUACUAGUAGAAUCUAUAUAUAUAUACAAAUAUAAAUAUGCAGAGAUAUUUAUUGAAAUGACUGGUUUUAUGUUCCUUGGUAUAGGAGAGGUUUAUAUUUGUGUCAUUAACUCCCUCACUGACAGCUGCAAGAUGGUAAAAGAUGCAUUCACUACCUACUCAUAAGAUACACUCUCCCCAGCUAAUAUCCGCCAGUCGCUGGCGCAGGAAGUCAACCAAGUUGCAGCUCCUGCAUAAGUAGAGAAUGUAGUAAUCAAAGUCUUUACCACUUUACUAGCAAGUGCACAUUGUGAGAUAUACAAGGGUGGGGUUACACUCUGAGGCACACAAUAACUAAAUCCAGAUGCCUCAAUCAUUUGCAGUGUUUUAUUCACACAAAAAAAGAAACACCAUAUUCUAGUUUGAAUCCCUUCCCUGUAAUGAGGGCAUAGUGAAAGUGACAAACAUCAGAAAUACAUAUUGCCUGCAUCCAGUCAGUCAGAGCAGAGGCACCUUAAACUCAGGGAGAAAGUGCCCAGAGCAUGCCCAGCAGUGUUCUCACUUCAUUGUGCGGGGUGCUGGCCAUCUCUGUGCCUUUUCUAGUUUUACAACACCCUCAUUGAAAAGUCACCUGGCUUUUUCUCCAGUUUAAAAAUGCAAGAAAAAAAAAAAAAAGUAUCAAGCAAUCAUUGGGGACAUGGCUGGAAUGCACAUAGUACAUAGUAUAAUGCGGUACAAAUUCUAAAACAGUUCCAAUGGAUUUCAAGUUUGCUUUUGAAACAUAAGUGCACUUUUUAAAGUAAAACUUGAGCUGGAAAAUAAUUGGCACCCUUGAGGGCUAUUAUUCUAAGUAACUGCAGCCAGCAGUUGCUGUUCAUAUUUAAUCGCCCUUUAAAUUACGUGGCCUCUUAUUGCCAUAGUUCUGCUUCUCUUCAGUUCAGUGAACAAGAGAUUUCUAGGGGACACAUGCAAGGUUAGGCAUGAACAAUUCAGAUUGUGAACUAAUGGUCCCAGGUUUGUGAAUAUGAAAUAAUGCCAUUAGAACUGGGUGUCUUGUGUCAUAGUGAUUGCAUCUUUAACCCUUCAUGGCAGCACCCUUAAUAAGUGGUAUGGAUUUUGUUAAGGAAAUGUCAUUUCUACACCUUCUAAUAUUGAGCAGUUAAUGGUGCUGAAAUGAGCAGCUUGGCUGACUGUAACUAUGAUCUGUAAUUUCCACUGUUAUGAACGCAAAGGCAUCUGGCUUUUGGGGAACACUGGAGGGAAUGUAUUGCUAUCAGAAGAAAUGUCUCAAAAAAAGGCUCCAGGACAUUAUUACCAUGUUCCCUCUUUAUCAGGGAUUCAUUUGUCUAUUGCUAGUUCUGCACUCUGACAGUAUGAUUAUCGACUGCCUGGGAUCUACUCUAUGUUCCUGAUCACCACCAAGUAAAAGGAACAGUACAGAUUAAUACUAUGUGUCAUUACAUAGAUACAUAUUAGAAGUCUCUGGAUCAUAGCAGAACAAAAGAUAUACACACUUGUCUGUACUAUUUCUCAGGUGGCUAGGGUAGUCUGUCUUGCACUUUUAAUCCUGGGGUGGCUCUUAAAACACAAAUAAUAAAUAUAUUGUGAAUUGUAAAAGUUUGCUAUUGCCACAUUUGGGCAUCACAUUCAAUGCUGUGUACAUGAUAAAGCACCAAGUUACAGAUAUCUAAGGGGAAGACCCUAGUGCCCCAGACAUCCAUGCACACAUUUAUUAAGUUAGUGUAACUCUUUUGCAUAAAUAGAUUGAUCAAUGUCAUACGCUGUCCUUUUAUUUCAGAGCAAUAGUUUGUCUAUAACCAUUUAAUGAUUCAGCUUAAUGUGUACUGAAUGUUUGAUGCAGUGCAGCACCUGCUUAUAGGACUCCAUGUCAGUGUGCUUUCACUACCUCAUGGUUGAAUAACCAUUAUAAUUAUCUGUUAUCAAUCCUUUUGUUUAAAAUCUCAUUUCAUGAAACCAGCAGAUGCCCGUAUUUUUAGAGAUGCUUCUCUGGUCACUUAAUGCAGGGAUGGCCCAUUUAGCUGGCCAGUGGGGCUAGGAGAUGUCCUAGUUGGCAACUCAGUAUUUUUGUAGGGCUGCCUCCAGAGAGAGCCAGCAGUCUGAUAGCAAUACAAACCCUUCUGAACUGUUCCAUUUAUUAAGUUUCACAAUGCAAAGCAGUAUAGGGGUUAAUCACACAAGAUAUGAAAGAAUGAACAGUGAUUUAUGUUUCGUACUGUUUCCUGGUGUGAUUUUAUUCCUGUAACAUGUUCUGUGGGAGUACAGAGCUGCUCAGCUCUUGGGUACCAUGUUCCAGACAUGUUGAGAGGAAUAAUGCAAAGUUUCUUGAAUUUACAGCAAGUCUGGCACUCUGCUCCCCAGUGUUGCAUUGCUCAGAUCCAUAAAUAUAUUGUCUCCCAGUCUGAAAGUUCCAAUUGAGUUCUGAAAACAGUAAGAUGGCAUUACCGCUCCUUCUCACAUCCUCAUACUAUUUAUUCUGUAAGUACGUAACAUAACUCUGCCUACUAGCACAGCCUAGUGGUGGGUAAAUAUAGUUAAGGAUAGCCUGGCUAGGGGACACAGCAUUAGCAUUUCAUCAAGAUACCUAUAAAAUACAGUAUAUACCUUCAGGUUUAGAAGAGAAUGCCAGUGCAAAUGGAGCUAACGUAAACAAACAACUAGGGUACUUAUAAUAUAAUCUUAGGCAUUUCACCAACCUCAUUAAAUAUCAGCUCAACGAUUUCAUAGAUGCAGCUUAGAAAUAUCAAAUAAAAACAGGUUUCUCUCUCACAUUUUCUCUUUCUGGCAGAAGUACAUUUGCUGCUUGCACUUUCUGAGCCAGGCAACUCUGCCUUUGAAUUUGGCCUAAAUAGUAGUAGGUAUAUGACACGACUGGAAUUAUGUUAGGUAUUAGUUCCAUGGUGCUUCUUCACAGUAUUUUCUAAUUUGCAGUAUUUCAUUUCUGUUGGUGUAAAUUGUAAUACUCAGCUUGGCCAUCUCACUGCUCAGUUUUAUAUAUGAUUUGUAUUAGAAAGCCAGUAACAUCAAGAAAUUAAAAUGCCCAAAUAGUACUUACAUAUAAUGCUUGAGCUCUUGAAAAUUUAGCACCAUUUCUAGAAAAUGUGAUAUAUUUAGGCAGUGGUCAUGAAUAGGUAUUGUUGAAGGUUAAUGGCACAUAGGGCACUUUGAGUGCUAUGUUUAAGUAGCCCAAAAAUGCACUACUGCCCCUCUAGGCUAGCACUAAUGUUGCCAUGAGUUCAAUGAAUAAAGUUUGUGCUGAACACACUUUGUUGACAUUAUUUUAAUGAUGAAAACCUAUGGUUUAUAUUACUUCUUAAACUAAACAGGAAAACUGAUUAUCUAAUUAUCUAUCUUACACCUUGCAAGGUAGAUAAGUAAAUUAACAAUGAACCCAUAUUCCCCCUGCAUAACGGAUUUCUGUAAGCCAAAACAAUCAUGGGGUUGUUUAUACAGUACUCCUCUCUAGUUAAACUUAAUUAGCUAAUUAAUGCUAAGACUGUAAGUAUAAAAGCAAAAUAAUGCUUAGUUAAUAAAAAUAAGAAAUAUAAAUUGUUUAAAGAAAAAAAACAAAAGACACAAUGUAUCUCCAGCAGAGGUUUUAUUUAUGUUGCUCAAGUUUAAAAAAAGUGUUUAUGGCUGUGUAUUUUGCCCUUUUAAGUGCAAACCUAUGGGGAGCAGUUUUGGGUGCUCAAAGUGCCCCAUGUUCCAUUGGCCUAAGGCUCCAUAGAAUAUAAGGCUUGUUAUAUAGACAGUAAGUAAAAAGAUGCAUAACAACAGCAGACUUGAUAAGACUUCUGUGACUUUGGUGUUUUUUCAUGUACAGAAAAGAAAGAAAUGUUAGGAAAAAGCCUUUUAAUUCAUACAGAACCACCAGUUAGAACACUGUAGUGUUUUCUUGAUCAAAUUCUAACAUCAAGAUUCCCUUGCUGCUACUCUGUUUCUCUCCCAGGACACAUGAUGUCAAAUUCAAAAUCAUACAGGGAAAAGGCUGCAGGACAAAACAUAAAAAGGAUGUUUCCAUUAAGGAAGCAACUGUACUCCUUUUCAGGUUGUAGAACAAAAGAAAUAUGAUAUUCUGGUUGAUGGUUCUGUAUGAAAGUGGAAACAGUUGCAUUUGAUAUCUAAGGCAUCAGAGCAGGGAUAGGAACAUAGGCACAGCAGAAAAACCAAGGUGUUUACAAUUAAUAUAAGGAGGUUACAAUUAAUAUAAAAAGGUUAGUGCUAGAAUCAGCAUUCUGCAACAUAUUAAACAAUAUUCAAACUGGACACUUCAGGGCAUCUGGCCAUGUUAGUCUAAGGGUGAAGAUACACGCAGUGAUUAGUAGCCGUGACUUUUGAAAAACUUGCGGCAAGUAAUUCAUGCAGCGAAUUUGCGCAGGCGAUUAGGAGCAUCGUCUUAUACAUCAACCUAUGGCGGGAAUUUGCUGCGAAUAGUCAAACUGUGUUUUUUAAAACACGCAGUGACUAAUCGCCCCUUGUGUCUUCACCCUUAAGCCAGAAAAAUGGCUAUGCUGUGGGACUGGCACACAACAUAAACAGCCUCUGAGUUCCACUGGUCCCCUCCCUUUGAGCAGGUUAUGCUGUCUUGUGUUUUGGAACUCAGCCGGGACUAGCAGACUGGACUGGAUCUUGGGCUGCCAACCCAUCAUGUUAAUGUGGCUUAAAAUAAACUAGCUGCAUAGAUUGUAAUACAGCCUUUCACAUGGCAUUUCCCUAGUAACCCUAUCUAAAGGCAAACUAUAUCAAUUAUAUAUAUUGGACAGUAAAGUAUUAGGUCAUGCUUCAUUCUUUCUCUGCAUUUCUGUAUGAUUUGGAGUUGUCAAAUAGAAUUCAUGUGAGCAUUGCUUCAUAUGUAAAGCUUUUCGAUGGUGCACACUAGUAACUAGUAUGGCAGUUCCCAUCAAUAUAUUGAAAAGCAAAUAAAGAAUGUUCAUUUAUACAUUAUGCGGGGCCCUAAUACUUUACGGUCUAAGGGACAUUCUAGACAUACUAGAGCAGGGAUCCCCAACCUUUUAUUCCUGUGAGCCACAUUCAAAUGGCAAAAGUUUUGGAGAGCAACACAAGCAUGAAAAAAGUUCCUGGAGGUGCCAAUGAGAGCUAUAAUUGGCUAUUUGAUAACCCCCAUGUUGACUGGCAGCCUACAGAAAGGCUCUGCUUGGCCGUAUAACUUUUUUUAUUCAAUCAAAACUUGCUUCCAAACCAGAAAUUCAAAAAUAAACACCUGCUUUGGGGACACUGGGAGCAACAUCCAAGGGGUUGGAGAGCAACAUGUUGCUCACAAGCCACUGGUUGGGGAUCACUGUACUAGAGGAAUGCUCCUUAGAAAUGCCUGCCAAAUGCUGUUACCUUUGUAGGUUAUGCAGCAUGUAAUCACAACAUGGCCUUUAGAAUCUUGGCAAAUUAUUUCAUUACUAUUCCUGGGUCAAUUGGAAGAUUAACAUCCGACUGCCAAUGAACCCAUAUGGCAAUUCUUUCAAACAGCCCACAUUGAUAUUUGUUGCUUGUGCAACCUGUUAACCAUCACGGGGGCCCUUAUUCCAAAAUUUCUGGGAUGCCGAUUGCCUCCUUUAUCAGAUAAGGGAAAUAUUCCCUUUAAUGUAAACUAUUCCUCAGCCCUUUCAGUGCCAGAUGGGUCACAUAGCGCUGUAAAGCUCUCUGGAAUGGAAAGUGUUUACGUUUGGCAUUUCCAAUACCCACGGCUGCGAUUUCAGACAAAGUUGUCAUAUGCCAAAUUGCUGACUAGUUAAAGGGGUUUGAAUAAAAGUGUGGACAGGCCACUAAGGGACUUGUGUGUGUGCGCUUUUACUUUAUAAAUGAAUCGUGAUGUCCUUGCUGUGUACUUGUAAAAAAAUCUCAGUUUUCUUUUUUUUUUCUUUUUUAAUUUAUCGGAAAAAUAAAAAACUAAACUUAAAAAAUAA